AUGAAGAAGAGAUCAAGUGUAGAUUAUAACGCGGUGAUUACCGAUGCUACUGGAGAUUUAGGUUGUUUUGGAUUUCUAUUGCUGGGGAUAUCCUAUCUUCUGAUUCUCAUUACACUUCCAUUCUCUUUAUGCUUUACAACAAGAGUUAUUGCUGAGUAUGAAAGAGCAGUUAUAUUCCGUUUGGGUCGAAUUCUUCCUGGAGGUGCUAAAGGUCCUGGAUUAUUUUUUGUUGUACCCUGUAUGGAUAGAAUGCGUAAAGUGGAUCUGAGGACAGUGACAUUUGAUGUACCACCACAAGAAGUACUUACAAGAGACUCUGUGACAGUUGCUGUGGAUGCUGUUGUUUACUACCGGAUAUACAAUCCAAUCGUAGCAAUCACAAUGUUGAAGAUGCUGACCGUUCAACACGUCUUCUAG